AUGAACAGGUGUUAUAUGCAUCCACUUUGGCUGCUCACGAGGAACCUCAUUCACCAGAAGACAUACAACAAAAUUGUGCUGAAUAAAGCUAUUUCUGCAGACAGCGAACAUCCUCUUAAUGCAUAUACACCAGUCACCUCUCAUGAUAAACAUAUACAUGUAGUUGUGGGAUCCAUUCCUGUUGCCACUGAUAAACUCUUCAAUGCUGUUUCAUUUGACAACUCUACAGUGCUGAUAGUGACCAUGGACAAGAACCAGGGUUUCCAAGGUUUGAUCAUUAACAAACGGAUAAGCUGGGAUAAUUUUAAAGAACUAGACAGUGAUCUGGUUUCGCUAAAGCAUUCUCCUCUCUACUAUGGAGGUCCUGUCAGGUUUCAGACUUUACCUCUUGUCAGUUUGAUUCGGAAAGCUAAAGAGGGUUAUACAGAGAUCGUGAAAGGUGUUUAUUUUGGAAAUCCAGUCGUAACACGUCAGGUGAUUGAAGAAAUUAAAUUGAAAGAAGAAUCUCCUGAUGAUUAUUGGUUCUUCUUGGGUUUCUCAAGUUGGGGAUAUGACCAGCUUUUCCAAGAGAUUACAGAAGGAGCAUGGCGGCUGACUGGAGAUCCUAUUGAACAUUUAGAUUGGCCAGAGAACUAA